CUGGGGUGCCGUGCGCCGAAGCUUGUGGCGUCAAUGCGCCGGUGGUGUCCAUGGAGAGAGGUUGAGGUGGCCGAGCUCCGGCCCGAGGCACCCGGGCGCCGGGACGGUGAAGAUGUCGGCCUCUUUAGUCCGGGCCACUGUCCGGGCUGUGAGCAAGAGGAAGCUGCAGCCCACCCGAGCGGCCCUCACCCUGACACCUUCAGCAGUAAACAAGAUAAAACAACUUCUUAAAGAUAAGCCUGAACAUGUAGGUGUGAAAGUCGGUGUCCGAACUAGGGGCUGUAAUGGCCUUUCUUACACGCUGGAAUAUACAAAGACAAAAGGAGAUUCUGAUGAAGAAGUUGUUCAAGAUGGAGUCAGAGUGUUCAUCGAAAAGAAAGCACAGCUGACACUUUUAGGAACAGAAAUGGACUAUGUUGAAGACAAAUUAUCCAGUGAGUUUGUCUUCAAUAACCCAAACAUCAAAGGAACUUGUGGCUGUGGAGAAAGCUUUAAUAUUUGAAACCUCAGGACUCCUCUGGCUUUAAACUCCAGGAAGACUUGCUGAAACCUUGGAGCUUGCUGAAGAAAUCAUGUGACUGUCACAUGCCUAAGGUUUAUAAUGUGUGACCACCUUGUGGGGAAAAUAAAGUGAUGCAUUUUGAAAAUGAAGCCAGUAUGUUAGAUUCCAGAAGAAAUGAUGUUUGUAUUCUCCAUAUGGACAGAAAGUGAGAAGCCAUUGCUCCUUUUGGAUCAUUGUUAUAUAAAGAAAAAAAAAUCCUACCCUACACUUAGCUCUCGUUUAUCCUUUCUGUUAGAACCAGUUAAUGCUGCUUCCCUGACAGUAAUUCUCAAAACAGGUUAACAGAUGUGUGCUUGCUAGAUUUCUGUCAAAUGGCUUGAAUGUGCAUUUCUGUCUGCCUUUUCUCAACAAGAUGAAUGGUUCCCAAAAUUCAGAGGUGAGAAGUCCUGACUACUGAUAGUAACAUGGCAGUGCAUUGUUUUUCUACCCAAAUUGGCAUGACCUUUUUUCCAUUUUAUUAAAAAUUUCAUUGUCAAAUGCCUUGUUUUUGUACCCUUCAACAAUACUGGGAAAAGAUUUCCUUGAACUGUAGUGCAAAAUAGUUCCAAGUGAUGGCAUCAAAAAGUGAGGAAUAUUUUAUCCACCUGUUUUAUGACCUAUUUUUUGGCCAUCCUAAAAAUCUGAUCAAAGCUGACUUAGAUCCUUUUAGUUGGAAGGACUCUUAAGAGCCAUCUAGCUCACCCCUCUUAAUUCUGUGUGGGAAGAGACAAACCCCAGGGAAACUGAAGGACAUUUGUCCACAUGGGUCUGCAAACUACAAGAGAGCUGGGGCUAUACCCCAUCACCUCUUCCUCCUAGGGAACACUUGUGCUCAGCAUUCCGAGGCAGUGAAGGACAAUAGUAGUGUGGCUUAAUGUGAUCAACAUUUGGAUAGAGUUUUCUUUGUAAGUUGAUGAGAUCCUAUUCGUUUUAUUUUAUUUUGAGAGGGACAAAUCUUAUUUUAAAACGGUUGUUACCACCUUCUUUCUUUAAAACUUGGAAACAGUGGUCUACAGUAGCAAAGAAGAUAUAGCAGCCCAGCCCACUCCAUUCUUUUGGGGUGUAGUAGUGAUUAUAAAACAGAACAUGGGGGUCUUUUCUUAAAAUUCUCAGUAUGUGUACACUUUGAUUCCUAAGUCCAAUUACUAAAAUUUUUAAACAGUAUUGUAACCUAAUAUUUUGGUCACCAACUUUUCUUUUAAAGUAGUCCUUUUGUCACUUAGUCUACUGAUUUCCCUGGGCUUGACAUAUUAAAUAUUCUCAAAGAUGAUAUACAUAUACGUUUUUUGAAAACUGAUUCUCAUGAAUUAAAGUAGCUGAGUUCCUUUGUGGUUGUCCCACUUACUAAAGUACCUGGCACAAAAUGCACCAAAACCUAGAGCAGCAGUUCUAUGUAAAUGUUCAUGAGUUUGUAUGGUUAAUAUAAUUGUUGAUCUACUCAUAAUUUGUGCAAUACUGUAUGUAGAGAUUGAGUUAUCAAUUAAAAAAUGUGGCCUCUA